CGCAGAAGAAGAAGAAAAUGUAGUUUUAAAGAUGGCGCUACCCGGUAUUUUACUCAUGCGGCUGAGAGCCCUGUGCAAUGUCGCCAAAUGUGUUCACGCAGGAGGCAAAACACCGUCCAACUUGGGCAGAGAAAUGCGGUGGUAUCGGACAAAUCGCAAGAGCUUUCAAGAACACGACACGUCGUAUUUCCAGGCGAAACGAGAUAACGUUAGCCCAGGCCUCCUGAAGGAGUUUCCAGAUCCCAAAAACCUCUUGAAUAGCACCAUCUCCCGCUCACUGGGAGUCGGCGAUGUGUCCCAGCUCAUCCAGUACAGCUGUACGGAGCAUGCAGGCAUCAAGAAAGCCACUGUCACUGUGCUCAGGCCCUACAAGAUAGAGGAGGAAGGUUAUGCCUCCAGGAAGAGUGAUGCAGAACGAUUUGCUGCAGCUGCUGCUUGUCAAAAGCUGAAAGAAAUGGGUGUGAUUGGUCCAGACAAUAAGCUCCCCAGAAGGGGGACUGGCCGGGGGAGACAUUCAGCACUUAUUGAUAUCGAGGAGGAUUCCUGGCUCCCUCCCGUAGAAGACACCUCAAACAUCUCUGAAGCUCUUUCUCUGUUUCCUCAUCCUAAAUCUCUCCUGACCAGGGUCAUCCAGGUGGCCACAUCAUCCAACAGAAUCAGGGAACUAAUGCAGUUCAGAACAACAGGAGGGAAGGUAAAGAGGAGCAGGCUGACCCUGCACUGGCCAGAGGAGAUGACAUUCACGGCUACAGCAAGCAACCGAGUGACAGCGGAGAAGAGAGCUGCAGCUCUUGCCUGCAUGAAACUGAAAGAGCUGGAGCUGCUGGAUAAGGACAACAACCCGCUGACUCAUGCUAAGUACCACCGUGAGUUGGUGAAGGAGGCAGGAGAGCGGGAGAGACGCCCCCUUCCGCUGGAAAUCCCAGAAUACCUGCAGGAACAUAUGAAAGAAUACUUGGCACAGUACCCAGUAGCAACAGAAGUGCAGAAAAUAUGGGAGGAAGAAGAGGAGAGAGGACAGCAGGCAGUAAACCAGGAGGAUGAGGAGGAAGAGGAGGAUUUGGUGACAGACGCCAUCACAGGCAGGCCGUACAGGCCUUUGUCUAAACAGCAGGCCCAGCAGCUCAACACCCACCUACAGGAAGAAUGGCACAAUGCAAACCUGGGGCUGAGUGUGGAGCUCCCAGUCGAUGCCCACCGCCAGCGCGUGGUCUCUGCAGUCCAGUCCUCCAGGGUGGUUGUGAUCGCAGGUGAAACGGGAUGCGGCAAAACCACACGGAUUCCACGUUUCCUGCUGGAAGAAUGUGUGAGAGGUGGCAAGGGAGCAGAGUGCAACAUCCUGGUGACCCAGCCUCGUCGGAUCAGCGCCGUGUCAGUGGCUCAUCGUGUUGCUCAUGAGAUGGGACCAGCUCUGAAACACUCUGUUGGAUAUCAGGUCAGACUCGAGAGCCGACCACCAGAGCAGAGCGGAGGAGCCAUGCUCUUCCUCACAGUGGGCGUCUUGCUGAGGAAGCUGCAGUCAAACCCCCUCCUGAAGGGGAUCAGCCACGUGGUGGUGGAUGAGGUCCACGAGAGAGAUAUAAACACAGACCUGCUGCUGGCUCUGCUGCGCUCCAGCUUAAAAGAGAAUCCUGAGCUACGAGUGGUGCUUAUGAGCGCUACAGGAGACAACCAACGGCUGGCUCAAUACUUUGGAGGCUGCCCAAUCGUGAAGGUGCCUGGAUUCAUGCACCCGGUACGAGACAGAUACCUGGAGGAUGUGCUGAGGGAGAUGGGACGCUCACUGACGGUCCAUGACGGGGGGAAGUCAAACGGGCAGGAGGGAAGAGAUGAGAUUACACCAGAUGUAGAUUUAGUAGCUGAUGUAAUCCAGCACAUUGACAAACAUGGAGAGCCAGGUGCAGUGUUGUGUUUCCUCCCUGGAUGGCAGGACAUCAAGGCAGUUCAAGAGAAACUUGAGGGGAGGCGCCACUUUUCCUCAGGCUCGCAGAUGAUCCUGCCACUGCACUCUAGUUUAUCAGUGGCAGAUCAGCAGGUGGUAUUCCAGCGCCCCCAAGCGGGCCAGAGGAAAAUUGUCCUCACGACCAACAUUGCUGAGACCUCCAUCACCAUAGACGACAUUGUACAUGUGGUGGAUGCAGGAACUCACAAAGAGCAGAAUUACGACCCACGAACUAAGGUCUCCUGUCUGGACACAGUUUGGAUAUCUCGAUCCAACGUCACUCAAAGAAAAGGGAGAGCAGGGCGGUGUCAACCAGGACAGUCCUACCACCUGUUCCCACGGAAACAACUGGAAUCCAUGAGUCCCUUCCCCAUUCCUGAGAUCCUGCGCACCCCCCUGGAGAGUUUAGUAGUUCAGGCCAAAAUCCACAGUCCUAACUGCAAGGCUGUAGACUUCUUAUCCCAAGUGUUGGACAGUCCAGAGUUAGAAGCUGUGAGAGAUGCUGUCCGAAAUCUACAAGAUAUCGGUGUUCUGGACAAGACAGAAGCCCUGACGCCUCUAGGCGAGCGCGUCGCCUGCAUGUCAUGUGACCCUCGGCUGGGCAAAGUGUUGGUCUUGAGUGCCAUGUUCAGAUGUAUUCUGCCCAUGCUGUCUGUAGCUGCCUGUCUCACCAGAGACCCCUUCUACAACAGCCUGCAGAACAGAGCACUAGUCAACAAGGCUAAAGAGAGUCUGAGCGGCUCCAGCUACAGUGACUAUUUGGUGUUCAGUAGAGCUGUAUUGGGCUGGAGGCGAGUUCAGCAAGAGGGGGACAGAGAGGACAGAGACGAAUAUCUGGACAAAUACACUCUGUCCAGGAACAGCCUUCGAUUUGUCAAUGGUCUCAUCUCUCAGUUCAGCGAGAACCUGCAUGAAGCCGAGCUGGUUUCCCGUGCCAACGAGUGCCAGCGUCACACUUCUCUCUACAACGAGCACAGCAACCAGGAUGAACUGCUUAAAGCUUUGCUGCUGGCUGGACUCUUUCCCAACCUCAUCCAGGUGAAAAAAGGUGUUGUGCUCAAAGGGCGCUUUCGUCCCAAGAGUCUGUCUUUCCGGACACUCAGUGGACCAGUCCUGCUUCACCGCUCCUCAGUUAACAGAGGAAAGGAAGAGCUCCCUAGUCGCUGGUUGACCUUCUUCAGCGCUGUUAAGUCAAACGGGAGUGUUUUCAUCAGAGACUCCUCUGCAGUCCAUCCACUCGCCCUGCUGCUGCUCACAGACUGUGACAUCACAGAAACAGUGAAUGGAGACAAAGUGGAAGUAUCAUUUCCUGGACGCUCUCUGAUGCGCUGUGAGAUGUCAGUUGAAACCUGGGAGCUGCUGUGGGAGAUACGCACUUCCAUUCAGACCAUGAUGUACCGCAACCUCAACAAUCCCGACAACGCAAUCACCAACUCGUCUCAAGAUGGCAAGCUCCUCUCCGUACUUGUAGAACUGCUCAAUAAUACAGACUCAAACCCUUGUGCUCAGAAUCACAACAGUGACAGUGAAGUGGACUGAUGGCGACAUCACAUCUAUGUUGAAUCUGCUGGCUGGUACACAGGACCCAAAGAAGAUGAUGGUAUCAUUUGAAUGUUUUUUUGUUUGUUUUUUUAAGAUAUGUUGUGUACCUCUGUCAGUACUUAAUGCGCUGAACUAAUCAGGACUCUUGAAAAGCAGAAAUCCAAACUGGACUAUUGCCUCCUGUUAUUUUUGAGGUCAGUAAUGGACUCUGCGGUGAGAGGAAAUCCAUUUGUUUGGAUUAUAGACUGUGGCUUAUAAUUUAUGAUUAUUUGCUUUCUGAAAAGCAGAAGUUUGAAUUUUACUCUAACGAGUAUAAAGAAGGUGACUGGCCAAAGGUCAUUUAAACGCACUACAUGCAGUAAAUGUCAAAUGUUUAUUAUAAUAAAUAUUCAUAUACAGAAGAUAAUUUUAUUUUAUUGUCUGCACUGAAUUAACACAUAGUGUUGGACAGGAUUUGCAGACGAAAAUUGUUUUUCCAAUUGCUCUGUUUAAGAAAAAUCCUUCAUAAACUGUGAAAGCUAGACAAGUGUCUCAGUAAUUCCUCUAUGGUGUCCACAGCGGUCAUAGUGCAAAACCUGUAGAAAGAAAGAAGCAUUAAAGAGCAGAGGUGUGCUGUUAUAUUUAAUGUCUUUUUGAAGUAUGCAACCAUGUAUUUGACCACUUAUCCUCACCAUAGCAUGAUUUAUAAAUUAGAGAACAUGCUCAUUAAAUACAGACAUUAUACCUGA